AUGGGCAGCACCACCCAGCUUACCACCCUCGAGACCUUCCUCCAGGGCUACCCCGCGAUCAAAUACAUCCUACCCUCUUCUCCCGAGUACCCUGCAGCCCGUAAGCCAUGGAACGGUGCACGUCUGGACAAUCCAAUGGCUGUGGUACAGCCUCAAUCCCCGUCAGAUGUCGCCGCCCUGGUCAAAUUUGCCAAGCUCAACUCGAUUCCCUUCACUAUUCGAUCGGGUGGUCAUAAUUUGGAGGGUCGAUGCGUUGUUCAAGAUGCCCUUUUGAUUGACAUGCGCGCUUUAACUGAUGUCACAAUCUCGUCUGACCGCAAGACCGCCACGGUUCAAGGUGGUAUUUUACAGGAUGAGCUCGCCAACAAGCUCUGGGAACAUGGAUUAGCUACCCCAACGGGAGCAGUUCCAACGGUUGGAUAUGUCGGGUGGGCCAUGUACGGUGGAUAUGGACCCUUCUCGGCACACUGGGGUCUGGGCGUGGAUCAAAUUCUCGGUGCUACCGUUGUUAAUCCCAAUGGUGAUAUUGUCAAAGCUGAUGGAGUCCUUCUUGAGGGCAUCCGUGGUGCUGGCGGCCUUUUCGGUGUGAUUAUUGAUCUUACGAUCAAGGUGUAUCCCCUUAGCAGCCUCCUUGCCGGACCGAUCUUGUUCGAUCCCACUGAUAUCACCAAGACUUUUAUCGACUUUAACGCAGCCUACGAAGAGCUCCUCAACUCCGAGGGUCUACCUCCACAGCUCACCAUCCAACAGAUAUGUUUCAACGGCCCCAUGGGUCGCGCUUUCGGCGCCCUGUUCUUGUGGAGCGGCACCGACAUUGAGGAAGGAAAGCGAUGGAGCGAAAAUAUCGGUAGCCUUGGCCCUCUUCUGGUAAACAUGGUCGCCCCUACCACGAUGCCAGAAUGGUUCGUUGCCAACGGCGCCAUGAUUCCCUCAAGCCUCGCCGGCUCUGGUUUCUCGCACAAUGUCCGGCGCAUGUCUCCGCUUAUAGCUGAGACAAUUGGACCCAAUCUUGCCAUUAUGCCAUCCGAUCCUGGUUGCAUGGUGUCCAUUCAUCAACUCCGCGGGCCAUCUGCUGGACCUCAAGACCACCCAUCUGUCUUUGCAACCCGCGAGCCGCAUUAUAUGCUGGAGCUUCUGGGAUUUGCUACAAGUGGCGACCAAGAAGUGUCAAAGCAGUGGGCUCUUCAAACUACUGAAGAGAUUGAGCGGGCCGAUCCGGAGAAUCUGCUGCCGACAAGUUAUAUCUCCGUGUAUAAUUCUACCAUCCAGGCCAAGUCAUCAGCUGAGGCGCUUGAGAAGACCUAUGGUCCCAACGCUGAAGUGUUGAAGGAUUUAAAGGCAAAGGUCGAUCCGGAAGGUGUUUUUGCCUUGACUGUGCCGGCUUUGAAAUAG